CGAGGGGAGUCUUACAAAAACGCUUUUACUGGUUUUCUCCUCAGGUCGCGCAUGCGCUGCUGCCAGAGCCCUCGAUUUUUUUUUUCCUGAGGGGGGGCGGGGGUGGAAUGUUGUAGAGCGGCGAGUGGGCGGAGCAGUUGCGGCUGCCUCUCUCUCUCCCCCCCCCGCCCCGCCCGCCCGUCCUCCCCAGUUGCUAAUAUGGCGUCUCGGAGAGCUCGCUCCGCCUCAGAGCAUGACAGUGAUGAGGAUUCAUACGAAGUACUGGAUUUAACAGAAUAUGCAAGGCGCCAUCAUUGGUGGAACCGAGUGUUUGGCAGGAAUUCUGGACCUAUUGUAGAAAAGUAUUCCGUAGCUACUCAGAUUGUAAUGGGUGGCGUAUCAGGCUGGUGUGCAGGAUUUUUAUUCCAGAAGGUUGGAAAACUUGCAGCGACUGCAGUAGGCGGCGGCUUUCUCUUGCUACAAAUUGCUAGUCAUAGUGGCUAUGUACAGGUUGACUGGAAAAGGGUUGAAAAAGAUGUAAACAAAGCGAAGAAGCAACUCAAAAAACGAGCAAACAAGGCAGCUCCUGAAAUCAACACAUUGAUUGAGGAGACCACAGAAUUCCUUAAACAGAACAUAGUUGUAUCUGGCGGGUUUGUCGGCGGCUUCUUGUUGGGCCUUGCAUCUUAAGGACAUUUCUCUUCCUGCUGGCUUAACCAUGAUAAUGAAGAAGGGUAGCAACGCACAGUUCUUCAGUGAGGCAGUCUGAGUCGCUCUCUAAUCACUCCAGAGCGAGAUGGAUGGAUUUGCCAGACAAAUCUUGAGUAUUUUGCAUUUUAGGCUUUUGCCUCCUUAAGCUUGCUGAAACAGGUUUGCUGAAAAAUCUACAGUGUGUUGCAUAGCAUUCCUGAAGGAACAAGAACUGGCUAACUUUUGUCAUGAUUUUUAUUAUUGUAUCUCCAUGCAGAAUUCAGCAUAUUUAAUAAGCUAUCUUUCCCCC